CCUCCCCGGCCCUUCCCCCGCCGCGAGCCCGGGGGGAGAUGAGCCGCGUCUAGCUUGGAAACCGGGCGCCCCCGUUCCCCUCGCUGCUUCCGAGCGAGGCGCCCGGCCGCCCCGCCCCAGGCAGCCGAGCGCCCCCGCGUGCGCUCAGACAGAACCGCCCCGGCCCCCGCCCACAGCGGCGGGCGGUUCUUCCCCGGCCUGCCGCGCUCCCCCGAGGGCGCUCGCCGGCUUUCGCGCUCCGCCUGCCCGGCUCGCGGCCUGCAGCCGCCGGGCCAGCGCCUCAGUUUUGCAUCCCUGAUUGUCCAUCUUGCUUUUUCUUCACGAAAAUGAAGAAAAUGAUUACAUGCUUCCUACUGCUGUUUGGACAAACUCUACUUUUCAGUGCCUCAGCCAGGGAGAGACAUCUUCCACCAGCAUUUUCAAGCCAAAGAAAUGGUGCUAACCCACAAGGUACUUUACGUGAGAAUGCUUGCAACCGCAAACGUCUUGAUCUCGUCUUCAUCAUCGACAGCUCUCGCAGUGUACGUCCUUAUGACUUUGAAAAAGUGAAGGAAUUCAUUUUAACCAUCUUGCAGUUCCUAGACAUCAGUCCUGACGUCACCAGAGUAGGCCUCAUUCAGUAUGGCAGCACAGUCAAACAUGAGUUUUCAUUGAAGACGUUCAGGAGGAAACAUGAUGUGGAACGAGCAGUGAAAAGAAUGAUGCACCUGGCCACUGGCACCAUGACUGGGCUGGCUAUUCAGUAUGCACUGAACAUUGCAUUUUCAGAAUCGGAAGGGGCACGGCCACUGAGCCAGAAUGUGCCCAGAAUUAUCAUGAUAGUGACAGAUGGGAGACCACAGGAUCCUGUGGCAGAGGUUGCAGCUAAAGCCCGGAACUCAGGCAUCCUGAUUUUUGCCAUUGGUGUGGGGAGAGUGGAUAUGAACACCUUGAAGUCCAUUGGAAGUGAACCUCAUGAAGAGCAUGUCUUUUUAGUGGCUAAUUUCAGUCAGAUUGAAACACUAACCUCUGCAUUCCAGACUAAACUUUGCGUGCCCCAUGUGUGCAGUAUAACUGAGCAUGGUUGUGAUCACUUCUGUAUUAACACUCCUGGCUCCUACAUGUGCACAUGUAAACAGGGAUACAUUCUGAACGCUGACCAGAAGACUUGCAGCACCCAGGACCUAUGUGCUGUGGAGAAACAUGCCUGUGAACAGAUCUGUGUGAACACACCUGGGUCCUAUGUUUGUCAGUGUUAUGAUGGCUAUGGGCUCGAUGAAGAUGGAAAGAAGUGUAUCAUUGUAGACCUUUGUGCUUUGGAUAACCAAGGUUGUCAACAUGAGUGUGUAAGUAUGGAUGACUCCUACUACUGUAGAUGCCAUCAAGGAUUUAUUCUAAAUCCAGACAGAAGAACUUGCAGAAGACCAGAUUACUGUGCUUUGCAGACCCAUGGCUGUCAACAGGAAUGUGUUAAUACAAAUGAUUCCUAUUUUUGUCAAUGCCGACACGGGUUUACUCUUAAUCCAGAUAAGAGAACUUGCAAAAGAAUAAACUUCUGUGCUUUGGGUAAACAUGGCUGUGAACAGGAAUGUGUUAACACAGAAGACUCUUUUGUGUGCAGAUGUCAUAGUGGAUACACCCUAAACCAUGAUGGCAAAACGUGCAGAAGAGUGGAUCACUGUGCUGAGAACAACCAUGGCUGUGAGCAGCUGUGCCUGAACACAGGCGACUCAUAUGUCUGUCAGUGUUCUGAAGGAUUCAUCAUUAAUGAAGACCUAAAAACCUGCUCACGAGUGGACUAUUGUGCACUGAGUGACCCUGGUUGUGAACAUUUGUGUGUAAACAGUGAAAAAUCUUAUACUUGUCAGUGCUUUGAAGGAUAUGAGCUUCGUGAUGAUGGGAAAACUUGUAAACGUAAAAAUGUCUGCAAAUCAGUCAACCAUGGUUGUGAACAUGUUUGUGUUAAUAGUGACAAUUCAUACAUCUGCAAGUGCCGUGAGGGAUUUGCACUGCAGGAAGAUGGGAAAACGUGCAGAAAUAAAGACCUCUGCAAAUCAGUUGACCAUGGUUGUGAACAUGUUUGUGUUAAUAUGGACAAUUCAUACAUCUGCAAGUGCCGUAAGGGAUUUGCACUGCGGGAAGAUGGGAAAACGUGCAGAAAUAAAGACCUUUGCAAAUCAGUUGACCAUGGUUGUGAACAUGUUUGUGUUAAUAUGGACAAUUCCUACAUCUGCAAGUGCCGUAAGGGAUUUGUACUGCGAGAGGAUGGGAAAAUGUGCAGAAAUAAGGAUGUCUGCAAAUCAUUUGACCAUGGCUGUGAACAUAUUUGUGUUAAUAAUGACAAUUCCUACAUCUGUAAGUGCCAGGAGGGAUUUGUAUUGAGAGAGGAUGGGAAAACAUGCAGAAAUAAGAACGUCUGCAAAUCAGUCAACCAUGGUUGUGAACAUGUUUGUGUAAAUAAUGAUAAUUCAUACACCUGUCAGUGCCAUGAGGGAUUUGUGCUAAGAGAGGAUGGGAAAACAUGCAGAAAUAAAGACCUCUGUAAGUCCAUUGACCAUGGCUGUGAACAUGUUUGUGUUAAUGAUGACAUUUCAUACACCUGCCAGUGCCAUGAGGGAUUUGUACUAAGAAAGGAUGGGAAAACAUGCAGAAGUAAGGAUGCCUGCAAAUCAGUUGACCCUGGCUGUGAACAUAUUUGUGUUAAUACUGACAGUUCGUACGUCUGCAAGUGCCAUGAGGGAUUUGUACUGAGAGAGGAUGGGAAAACGUGUAGAAAUAAAGACCUCUGCAAAACGGCUGAUCAUGGCUGUGAACAUAUUUGCAUUAAUAAUGACCAUUCCUACGUCUGCAAGUGCCAUGAGGGAUUUGUACUACAAGAAGAUGGGAAAAUGUGCAGAAGAUGCACUGAAGGCCCAAUUGAUCUGGUGUUCGUGAUUGAUGGAUCAAAAAGUCUCGGAGAGGAUAAUUUUGAAGUUGUAAAGGAAUUUGUAUCUGGAAUCUUGGAUUCUCUUGAGAUUUCUCCCAAAGCUGCUCAAGUUGGUUUGCUGCAGUAUUCUUCUCAAGUUCGCACAGAGUUCACAUUAAGACAAUUCAGCACAGCCAAAGACAUGAAAAAAGCAGUAUCCCAAAUGAAAUACAUGGGGAAAGGCUCCAUGACUGGACUUGCCUUGAAACAAAUGUUUGAGAGAAGCUUUACUGAAGCAGAAGGGGCAAGGCCAUUUUCAGCAGAAGUGCCCAGGGUGUCUAUAGUGUUUACAGAUGGACGAGCCCAAGAUGAAGUCUCUGAGUGGGCCGGCAAAGCAAAGCAGAAUGGUAUAACUAUCUAUGCUGUUGGAAUAGGAAAAGCAAUUGAGGAAGAAUUACUGGAAAUUGCUUCUGAGCCACCAGACAAACACCUCUUCUAUGCUGAAGACUUCAGUACCAUGGGGGAGAUAAGUGAAAAACUAAAAAAACGAAUCUGUGAAGCUUUGGAAGAGUCAGAUCCCCAUCAGGAUCCCCUGACAGGGAGGCCUCACAAGACUGGUCCUCAUUCUUCAGGAUCUGAACCAGGCAGCAUAGCCGUCACAGACCUCCUUGCCUGUUCCAAUUUUGCAGUACAUCACAAGUAUCUUUUUGAAGAGGAGAGUGUUUCACAGUCGACAGCAAGAUCAGCAAACCCUUCAAAAGAUAAGGAGCAGUGCAACUGUGAAAAUCUCAUAACAUUCCAGAACCAUGCCAAUGCUGAAGUAAAAAAACUAACUCAGCGAUUGGAAGAAAUAACUAAGAGAAUGGAAGCCCUGGAAAACAGACUAAGAUACUGAUGAAGAGUUCUUAACAGAAGUAUACACUGUACUGUAUAUUUAUACAUACAAGUUGCAACAAAGCUAUUUUCUUAAAGCCGUACAAAGCUAUGUAGCACAAAUCUUUUUGUGUUUGAUGGAAAAGGACAUUUUUGGACCCAAUAUUUACAUACUGAGGUACAGCAUUAUAUUUUUCUCUUGCAUUGAUUGCAGUAAGACAAGAAAGGAACUUUAAAAAUUUUAUAGUAACUAGCAAAAUUUCUAAGUAGAAUUUAACACUUGAAUUUAUAAGCUAUGCAAUCUAAUAAAAUGCUUUUAUUUUUAAUUUGAA